GGCAAGUGAGAUGGAAGACCAAGAUAUCACAAUCGAGUCAUCCCACCAGCCAAUUACACGGCAUCGUUUGUACAGCCUACUACAAAUAGCACAGGCCAAGGUCAAAGCACAAGAGCGGCACGCGCAAUCUUCCAGCUCGGCUUCAUCCUCCGAUAACGUGACACAAGCGCCCAGUGCCAUUCUUCAGGAAGCCUUUGAGCAAGCCCAAAUAGUCAAUGAUCCACAUGACUAUGCUGAAGUCUAUGCUGCAGUCUCUAUCUUUGCUCAAGAUACUGAGAACCCGUCUGCUCUUGUCUGGGUUGCACAAUGUCACCUCAACGGAUGGGGAGUUCCGCGUAAUGCUGCCCUCGGCUUUCGCAUGGUUUGAAAAGGCUUCUAUUGCAGGAAACACGCUGGCUCAAUAUCGAACGGGUGCUAUGCUUGCUCAAGGUGUCGGCGUCAAACAAGACGACAUCAAGGCAUUUGACUGGUUCAAGAAGAGUGCCGAUGCUGGCAACAAAUAUGGUCAAUACCUAGUUGGUUUACAUUAUGAGCAGGGCCUGACUGUCGCCGAAGACCCUGAAAAGUCGAAAGAGUACUACCUUAAGAGUGCCAUGCAAGAUUUCCCUGAUGCCCAGUCUUCUCUAGGCAUUCGUUUGGCUGACGAUGGAAAUCACACCGAUGCAAUCGUUUGGCUUGAAAAAGCUGUUCAGAACGAUAGCACACCCGCGCUACUCAAGCUAGGCAUGAUGUAUGAAGAAGGCCAUGGUGUUAACCGAAAUUAUGAAGUUGCCUUAGUUCACUACAAGGCAGCUGCCAACCGUGAUGAUCCAGUAGCACAAUACCUACUUGGUUUAAAUUACCGAAUGGGUGAUCUCGGCUUGGAACAAAACUACUCAGAAGCUUUGAAAUACCUCCAGAAAUCGGCUGAAGCUGGCUUCCCAUCGGCUCAACGUGUCCUUGGCCUAAUGUACUCUGAAGGAGUUGGCUGUACGCAAGACCAUAGCACCGCAUUCAGCUGGUUCCAAAAAGCUGCUGCCAAGAACGAUGUCAGAUCCAUAGGUCUUUUGGGCAAUUGCUACGAAAAGGGUCAUGGUGUCGAACAAGAUUACGGACGCGCUUUGGAAUAUUAUGAACAGGCUGCUGAAGCUGGUUCUGAUAUGGCUGAAUACUCUAUGGGUCAACUUCUUCACAUGCUCAAACGAUUCAACGAGGCUUUCCGAUGGUACCAGAAGGCAGCUAAACAUGAACGACAAAGCGCAAGACUUAUGGUCGCCCGCUAUAUGCUCCAUGGUUGGGGUGAUGCUCCGCAUAACCCUGAAGCCGCCUUUAGUCAACUCAAGGAUUUGGCUGACAAGGAAGACUUCUCUAGUGCAUUUUUCUGGGUGGCUGCCUGUUAUGAAGAAGGUGGAGGUGUAGCCAAGGACCUCGCAAAGGCUUACCUUUACUAUCUCAAAAGUGCAAAUGCCGGUGAUGUAGAUGGAGAAUUCCAGGUUGCGCUGAUGCUUUCCAAUGGCCAUGGUGUUCAAGAAAAUCGCAAAGACGCAUUUGAAUGGUAUACCAAGGCAGCCGCCAAGGGUCACAAGACUGCGCAAUUUUCGUUGGGACUUUUUUACUCCAAGGGACUGGAAGGGAUACCCCAAGACCUUUCCAAGGCUCAGGUUCUCUUUGAAAAAGCCGCUAAACAGGAUCUCCCUGUGGCCAUCAAUGCACUUUCCAAGUUGUUAAUCAAGCAGAAAAAGUUUCAGCAGGCUAUCCCAUGGUUGCAGAAAGGUGCCGACUUUGGUGAUAUUACCUCCAUGCGCGAGCUAGCUAUUCUAUACGGCAAAGGCAAGGGGGUGCAGCAAGACAAAUCUGCUGCGUUCAAACUUCUCCAAACGUGUGCCAAAGCCAAAGAUACGCAUGCUUUGUUCAUGCUCGGUACAUACUAUCACGAAGGAUCACAAGUGGAACAAGAUUUGGACAAGGCUUUGGAACUUUAUAAGCUUGCUGCAGCUCAAGGAUCAUCACUUGCCAUAUAUGGUAUUGCCCAGAUAUGCCAUAGUCAAGAGCGUUUUGCUGAAGCCUAUCCGUUUUAUCGAAAGGCUGCUGUGGAUGAAGCACUGAAAAACACAGAGAUCAGUCGAACUGCUCGUUUUAUGGUAGCUCGCUAUGUUACAAGUCUCUACAGUGCAGCAGCUACCAACGACCCUGACUCCGUUACCAAAGCUGAAGCAUUCACUAUACUUUUGAACCUCGCCGAGCGUGAACAGUAUCACGCCGCCUACUUCUGGGUGGCCGAUUGCUACGAACGUGGCCUUGGUGUCUCCAAGAGUGUAGAGGAUGCACUACAAUGGUUUCAACUUGCUGCUGAUCAAUGCCUAGACAUGACAGUGGAAGCUGAGAGGCGCAUUGCACGUUUGCAAGCCGUUCCUACUCGUGGCGAUGAUCUGGAAUGUAUCCCUGAAGAGAGUGAAGAAGGCGAGUCUGAUGCCGGUUCUGAAGAUUUGUCUGUCAUUCCUGAAGAUCGAAGACAAGAUUUGGAAUGGCUCAAGUCCCAGGCUGACCAAGGCAAUGCAGAAGCCAUGUACCAAUUGGCACGCAAUUUCGCUGAAUGUGGAGAUGAAGACUCUGCAUUUGAGUUCUUUGAGAAAGGUGCUGAAAUGGAUCACAUCGAUUCCAUUCGAGAACUAGGCAAAUGCUACCACCGCGGACGUGGGUGUGUUCGUGAUAUCUUGCAUGCCGUUAAGCUGUACAAGACAGCAGCUGCAGGCAAAGACCACUUGGCGCUUACUCUACUUGGCCAAAUCUACGAACGUGGCGUCGGUAAUGUCGUUCCAAGAGAUCCCGAAGCUGCAUCUCAAUGUUAUUCUGCCGCCAUGGAAUACGGUAGUGUAAACGCCAUCUACCUUGCAGCACAAAUGCAUCACACUAGGGGCGAGUACGGCACUGCCAUCGAAUUGUAUAGAACGGCCGCUGAUCAAGGAAAUGUUAUGGCCAACGUGAUGUGUGCACGCUAUACACUUACUGGAUUAGGUGGAGUUGAAAAGGAUCAAGAGAAGGCGUUCCAGUCGCUACUCAAAAUUGCCAAAUCGGAAUGUAGUGAAGCAUUCAAUUCUGUUGCUCAAUGCUACGAGAUGGGAAUUGGAACAGAGCAAAACGAUGCACAAGCUUUAGAAUGGUUCUUGAAGUCUGCUUCUGUCGUCAAGGAUGCCAAUGCCAUGUAUCACAUCGGUCGCAUGAUCGAAGAAGGCAGAGGCACUGGACAAAGUGCAGCUGAGGCUCUCAACUGGUACCAGCUUGCCAAUGAAACUGGUCGACACCGUUCUGCUCAGUACAAGAUCGGAGUGUUCCAUAAAGAAGGCUUGGGAGGACUCUCUCAAGAUCUCGAUGUCGCGCAACUGUACUUUAAAAAGGCGGCCGAUCAAGGAGAAGAAAAAGCCAUGCAGGAAUUGGCUCAGCUGUUCUGGAUGCAAAAAUCUUAUUCAUUAGCCCUAGUUUACUAUGAACAAGCAGCAUCACUGGGGGUAAUUGAAGCCAACUUCACCCUAGGAAAACUCUACCAUGCCGGUUUCAAGGUGGAUGAGGCCACGAUUGUGCCUCAAGAUUAUUCCAGCGCCUUUGCGUAUUUCACCGACGCGUCCAAUGAAGGCGAUGCAACGUCUACGAUUAUCCUCGGUUCCUACUAUCAACAUGGAUGGCAUGUUCAGAUUAAUCGUGGCAUUGCGCUUUCACUUUAUGAAAAGGCAAUUGAGCAAGGAGGUGGCACCUUAGCCCAGCUGGCUGUAGCCCAACUCAGGCGCAGCAGCAGCACCACCACCGACUUACCCGCCUUAUGACCUUGUUUAUUUUAAUUCUUUUUUUUUCAUGUUUCCUUUAUGUCGUAUAUUGAUGUAUUAUCUGCUUUU